UCGGAUCCCGGACAUCGUGCAAUGGUCGCACCUUCUCGGGUGGUCUACAUUGAGGUAAUCGAGCCACUCUGUGCUGUUGGAGUGCCGCCAUUUUAAAGAAAGGUUUAAAGACACGGCAGAUGAUAGAAUAUGUAAAACUCGGAAUGCCUACCGUGGCAUGUGGUGAAUAGUUGGACUAGAAGCAUCCGGUAUAAAGAAGUGCGACGGCGCUACCAGCAAUAGGAUGAUCGCAUCAAAACUUGCGUUUUCGUACAACGCCGCCAUCUUGGAAUCGUAAUCCUCCACAUUCAUCCCCGUUUUGUGAGGUUAGGUUUCAAUAGCAACUGCUAGUGCCUGUUCUCAACGCGUGUUAUCGAGUGGAUUGCAGAUUUUUCUAUGGUUCACUCGAACAUAUUGGGAGGGCACCCAAAAAGACGUAGUCUUUGCAGCUGCGGCGGAUGUUGCUGGCUGAUCGUGCCCCGGUUGAUUGCUCCCUUUGUCGGUGGUGAGAUAUAUUUCUCGCAAUCCACGAGGUACGGAACCAGUUGCGGUGGUGCCCAAACACCACCAUCACGGUUGCGGAUUUGUCGCUUAAUGCACAGGCAAUUACCCGUAGUAGAUAGUGACAAACUAGGUGUUCAGCAGCAUCAGCGAAAUCGGCGUUUGGUACUCCAAAAGAGGCAACGGCUUUUCCGAGGCAUUCCCUCUGUUUGUGCCUACCGUACCAUAGUUCCAGAUUACUUCCGGAAGCGCCAGCAGCGAAGGGUCGGUCACAAGUGUUCGUUAAAGCGAACGGCAGCUCCUGAGGUAACGCGAAAUUUUGAACGCUCUGUUUCAUCUGAAGAAAUACCAGAAAACAUUGCCGCAAUCCCAAGUAUCGACACAUUUAAGCGAAAUUACAAGGAAUAUUGUACGAUACAGUGGACGAUAGGACUGUGGUUUUCGAUGUUACAGGAACGGCUAGAAGAGUUGGAACAAGGUGCCGACUCAACCAAAGAAAGUGGUUACUACUCUUCCCCAGAACCAACGCACGAUGAGAUGGAGGACAAGAAAAGUGGAGACAAAGGUACUCCGAAAAAGGCCUUCGAAGUGUCCGGUGAAAAAUGUGUUGUUUCGCCAUGUGAAGAUGAGACAACCGCAACGAACGGUUCACUUCCGGGGCAUAAUGAAGAAAAUGAAGUUCCUUUGGAGGACGCGGUGACUACUAACCGCACAACAACCCCCUGCACACCGGUCAAAGAUACUACGAUGGUUGAAGAUGUUGCUGGCGACGGAGCAUUGGAGAAGAUUGUGCCGAUGGGAAUGGUCACACCGAACCGCACCCCGCUUUCCACGCCGGGUAAAGAGAGCCAAAAGGAUGAGAGUCCGAGGCCAUCAUACAGCUUACUGCAUACAUCCAAAAGCGGUAUCCUCGACCCAUCCUACACCUGUGAUAUCGAGCUAGAGCCAUUGGAAAAUAGAAAAUCCUCCAUCGUAGACUCACUGUUGAACAAAUUUAAUCUUUCACCACCAGUCAAGCAGUCGGUGGGGCUACUGUCCGGCAGCUUUGACAGUGGUUGCAGUGAGGGGGAGUCUGGUGGAUCCACACGUCGUUUGUUGCGAGACCGGAAGAAAAUAGCUGCCCGGCCACGCUAUAUCGAAAUUCCGGAAGAGCCAAGAAGGGUACGCGUGUCGAAGGUGUUUGGGCAGCUGCACAAAACGCUCAAUAUCGAUUUGGAGUGCACCAACUCAAAUUCCUCGACCGAGUUCUACGGGUUCGAUGAAGGUGAGGUUGUAAAGCUGGACAAACCGAGUCUGCCCGGACUGCUCCCGACUCCGAUCGUGAAAAAAACGCAACCAUUCGCUCCAUUUCUAUCCUACGGCACUACCAUCAAUGCGACGGAUGACGCCGGCGCGAGCUCGGAAACGCGCAGCGAUCUGUUCCACGAGGAGGGUCUGAUUUCGUUCGGUUCCCUGCCACCACGACUGUCGUGUCCCCAGCGCCCAAACGAUAUGGUACGACCGCGGACCGUCGCCCAGAAGCGUAUCCUGCUGCAGAAGGAGAACGACGUGCGCUAUCACAUGAUCGACAAUGAGUCGAAAAUCUUUCACUUUCUCGAGAAGCGUACCAAAAACAUUGACGUUGCGCUCGACUUUCAGCGCAUGAAGGAACUGCAAGAUCAGCCGAUACCGUUCACGCGCGACACUUGGCGGGCUCUUUCUUGGUUGCGCACAGAAAAAGGCCGGUACUAUUUUCAGACGUUUCACAUCGAUAAUCGGACGGUCAAGUUAGCUGGAUGCCAGGGAAAUCAUCCGCACCGGCGGCUCACACGGAAGUCCACUUUCUCCAGCCCGGUCGUGGCGUCGGGCGGGUGUCGCAUUCACUACAUCACCAAUUGUCGAUGCCCAGAAUAUCCGGAAAACAUAGUUUUGGAUAUUCCGCAACUGACGUCUUCGGAACAGCAGCGCACUGGUGGCAGCCAUGUGAAAAGUUCAUCCCAUAGCCAAAGACCAAAACUCCUCCCAGACGGUCUAUUCCCCCCGGUAGGAGACUAUCGGACGCAUCGGUCCUAUCCACAUUUAAAACCUGGGCCGCUGUCAUCAAAGUGCUUACAAGUCGAUACGCUCGAUGAUCCUUACCUUGGACCGCGAGAAAUCUUCCAAAUGCCUCCAGUAGAGCUAGAGGUGUUCCCAAAAAUCAACCGGCCCCUUGAUGGGUACGUUAAGCCAUAUCUCAAAAUGAUACUGCCCCACAAGGGUAUUACGGAGAAUUGGGCCCGGUUUGCCGUGUCUACUUUGCGUCCCCCAAUGGCGUCGGAUGGGGUUUCGAUAGGAAAGCACCACACCGGCGAAGAACGAUCGUUCGUUUUUCAACUUCCGUACGAAAAUAAUCAGCGGAGAAUGCUCAUACGCCGGCGGCUCAUCGUGCGUCCCGGCACCACCGUUUCCUCAGUGGUGGAUAUGGAUAUCGAAAAAUUUGAGAAGCUAAUGCAAGAAAAGCUCAUAUUCCGUAAGUCCAUUGACCAUGCCGUUGAGGCGCACGAGGACGUUGACGCAGAUGAACGGAUCUGCGCGGAUAUUCUUAGCGAGAUGACGGAUUCGGUGGCAAUCGCCCUUGCAGAAGACAUAUUUCAGAGGGACGAUCCAGAUGUUGACUACACGAAGGAAGAAACACCGCUGGACCAGGAGGAAGUGGUCCAUUCGAAACCAGUCGCCAUGGCACUGGCAGCAAAGAGCGAAAGAACAACGCCGAUACCAACACCACCUCCUCUAUCCAGUGCAGGAGCUAGCUCACAAAUCUCUUCAGCUCCAACUGAACCUCCAAAGGAUACUUCGGCUGGUUCGGUUGCAAAUCAACCAUCCGUUUCGUCAGAAUGCAGCAAAACCAACGAUCCGGCCAAGUUGAAACUACUCCGAGAGAUGAAACGACUUAACGCGACUAUCAUCGAGGGCCCAAGUCAGCCAAAGGUAACUAUAGGCGAGGCAGCUCCCCAGCGACAGCAGUGCGAUCCGCAGUACUGUGCUCACGGUUGCAUUUGUGAUGUUCUGUCCGGAUCGGACAUGUGUGUGAUUGUCAGUAGACUGCGAAAACAGCGCUGUCGGCAGAUCGACUGUAUUUUUGGUUGCAAAUGUGGCUAUGAGCAGAAACAAGCUGUCAACUACACCAAGACGGAAGCAAAAUCCGAGGACAAAUCCGCACUCUUCAAUGCCGAUAUGAAACAUCUACACGAGGAAGUUACGGAGCGUUUGGCCAAGGAAGAACGCCAGUUCACCUCCACCGUAAUCGUGACGGGUGAUGCGACCGUUGUGGUGCCCAAUUCCGAAUCGGAAACCCGUCGGCAGAAGAAGAUGCCCGUCAAGUUCAACGACUAUUAUGACGAUCAAAGUUUUCAAUGCCUACUCAAGGGUGGUACGGCCGUGGAACCAAUGAGCUUCGUAACCAGUGAACCGCCCGCCAAUGUAAAACCGCUGACUCCGGCAGAACGGAUGCGCCAUGCACACGUUGUGUUGAAUCGGAUUCCGGAACUGGCGAACCUCGAACCAUGGUGCAUGGUGCAUGAGCUGUAUCGGUGCUUUUGUGGCGGCACGGCCACCCAAGGGAAACCGUUUUCAUUCACUGAGGAUAACUACAUCGCACUAUCGGCCUCGAAAGCGUCUGCCACUGGAGAAGCAGCAAGCGGCGUUUCAUCUAAAGCUGUGAAUGGAACGCCACUUCCUGUAACAGCGAGUCGGAUGAUGAAAGCGGUUACUCCGACACUAGCCAGCAGUAAAACGACCAACAACAGUAAGGUGCAACCGUUAGAGGAAUAUCCGCCAGAAGUGUUGUACGAAACACGACGGAAACGUUUGUAUUCAUUCGAGAAGCCUUACACCGAAACAGAGCACCAGCGUGGUGAAUCGGUCGGCGGAAGGAUGUCAAGGGCCACCGGCAACAACAGUGGAGAUGGAACAUUUACGUUGCCAUUGCCGCGUCGCCGAGAGCGUGACAGCUCGGAAGAGUCGUACAAACCACCAUCGGAGAAGAAAUCUUCGAAGGCUAAGAAAGCGAAAUUCGCCACCGAGGGUCGUCGCGCUUCGGUCGCAGUGCGACGACGGGACUCAGUGGUCACGAGUCGCCUGACGUUACCGAAGCGGCGCGCGUCGAUUGCCGCCCGAGAGAAGGCUUCGUUCUUUGCGUAUCAAGAUGAGGAACCAUUGCCACCACCACCAUCAGUGCCACUCAAGGCGCUACGCCGGAGCGAGUCAUCGAUGGUCGCUCCGAAGACUCCGGCCGAUGUGCAGUACACGGUGGUGUCUCAGCCGACGAAAAACUCCACCGGUAAGGCUGGUAUCUCAAAUAUCAUCAUCAAGCGCAUUCCACCAGUACCGCUUCAAUCAUCGCAACCGAAGGCUGUGCAAAAAGAAACGACUUUAUUGGUUGGGGGAAAGGAACGUCCGUUCCGAAUGACGGUGAAUGAGUUGAGAAGAAUCAUUCAACAGGAACACGCCAGCGCCCAAAAAACGAAGGCCACUAAGGGUGCAGAACAACUGAGUGGUAGACCGAUGGCAGAGUUCUGCUACAUAGAUCUGGUUGAUAGCGAGGAAAAUAUCGACCGAGUUGUUCAGCUGCACCUCAACAACCUCACCGAUGGUACGAAGAAGCUUGUAAUCUGUGGCAAUAAGCGAACGUACGUCGAAAACGGGGAGUUUCGUGACGGAAGACCACCGGCACGAACCAUUCCCUUUAACGAUCGCACCACUUACAUCGUUCAGAUACCGCAAGAACAACAAUCGCAGCCGAUACCUGAGAAUGACCGGUCAGUGCCAAAGCUCGCACCAUCUAUGGUUCGUUCGAAGCCAACAAAUCAACCUUCGCCCGCUGUUGCCGCGGCAUCAAAACCCCCUUCAACGUCAUCCAGCACCAGCACCUCUACGAAGUUGCCGGCUCCGCCGCCGCCGCAGCUUACAGAAACAGCAUUGUAUAAACAGGCUAUGAAUCAGGCAGAUCGUGAGCUUGUCAAGCUUAUGCGGCACAUCAACGAGCUGAUCGGGAAGGAUAAACUGAAUGUGACAUAUCCAGCGAAGCAUGGAAUCAUGUACAUCUGUCGCUGGAAGGUUUUUCUGCGCGCCUUUGUGCUUAGUCAAAUCGACGUGCUCGAUGUGGUGCUGAAGAACGGUGUCGAGCUGACAUUGGUGCGUGGAGAUGCGGAACAAUCCUGGCGUAUGCCGCCGGAGACUGUGCAGACGACACUGAGUGCUCGCCGGUCCAGUUGCACCGGCUUUGCUAACUCCUCCGCCGACGAGCCCAACCAGCAUCCCCGGCCCUCGCUGUUGUUGCAGAUGCUGAUCCAGCGCGUGGAUAAUGUGAAAACAAACCAACUGGCGCUGGUCCUUUAUGGGAGCGAAUCGUACUGGCACUUUUGUGGCUUCAUCAAGACGGGCCCAGGUAGGCCGUACUUGACCAACAACAACAUUCUACUCCAACCGUCCACUCAGGCGAAGGAAAUCGUUAAGGCACGUUUACGGGAGUACUACCGAAGGUCGAUGGCGGCGACGACAAACAAGCCAAAUCAAGAGGGCGCCGUGACCCAGGCAGUGGGUAAACAAAUUGUCCACGGAGAAGGAAGAAGUGCUGGAUCAAGUUCUCCCCCGGAGGUAUCGAACCUGGAAAUCGUGAAACGGGUGCAUCUGUGCACGAUUUACCUUGAACGUUUGCUGAUUGAUAUCGCACGGACGAGGACGCCCAAAGACAGUGUCUAUCCGCGCUGGAUGAGCAUAACGAUCGCACGUGACUUUAGCAACCUACUUAUCCCAAGCCUUAACUGUAACGUGUCGUACGGGCGGCUUCUAAAUCUGAUGAAGAAGGCAAAUGAUACACAGAAGCCGAUCGUAUUUCCCUUUCCGGAAGUGCCGAUUGCUCCCUCUGGCGGAGGAAAGCAAAUGUUCCGACCGUCUAUUUUCUGCCUACCGAAGCAAGAGGGUAUGAUAUUCAUAGGUCCGUUUCCCGAAACCGAUAUCAAACUCGAUGUGAUACUGUGCCAGAUGGUGGACGGGAAAAUGUACACUCGUGAAGAGUUUCAACGGAUGAACUCUAUCGAUGUGGCUGGGAAAAAACGGACACAGGGUACCUGGCUCCAAACCCAUCGACCAGAAGUGCACAUACAAAUAGCUGCCAAUGCAACACCGAGUAGCCAAGGUUCCGGGAUUCCUGAACAAGUGCGUCAGCGGUCGCUGCUUAAGCGCAACGUUAGCCACGGUCUUCAGCAGGUGAACACUGAUUGCAUCGUGGUUCUUGACGACGAUGAGGAGGAAGCGGAGCAAGCGAAUGGAAAUGGGGAUGAUGUGGUUGAAGAAAGUGACCUGGUGGACAAUGCCGAGGAUGCUUUCCCGGGAAGAACGACGAAACAGCCGCACACUAAUGCAACAACGAUGGAGGAUGUGAACAAAGCGGAAGAUAUGGUCUCUCGCAUCCGCACCCAACUGUUAACAUUGAACAGUAACCAGAAGAUAGCUGGUAGAAGGGCAUCCGUAUUCGUAUCCUCCGAGAAACGUUCAACGCAAAAUGUGUCCGAGUCCGACCAACAGCGGCAGAACCUAAUGCGAUUGGUUGAGAAGACGAUGGAGCAAACGAAAGAGGAGAAGAGAAAACUAGCGUCGUUGGUAAAGAGCACCCUAGCGUCACCAGCACAACCACUUCAACGUAAACCGUCCCUCGUGGGAGACGCAGCUGUGACAAUUGGCAACAAGCGUAAAUCGAUUGAUUGUAGUAGGGAAGAACCUGCAGACAGUCAGGUUAAGAUAAUGCGCCGCUCUGCACCGAUGACUGUCGAAGAUAAACCCACCACUACUACUACUACCGCCAACACAGUUAGCAGUCCGAGUAUGGGCACCCGUCUGCCGCAUCGAUCUAAUCCCAUACGAAUAUCCCUGCCGAAUCAGGUUUUCAGCAGUCAGGGUCAAUCAAGUAAAGUCCAAAUCUUCGCUAAACCGAUGGCACAAACUACGGCGAAUGGUAAAUGGGUACCCCUUGCCAACGGACUCCGCAACUCAACUCCGACAGGGUUGGGGAAAGUUUCACCUGCGCUUGGCAAUGGAACGCUAACUGUAAAGCCACUGGAAAAGCUCCUACCGUCCUCCAAGGUCAACGCGGAGAAGAAGCGCAAGGAGGAGGAGGAGGAGGAUGUAGUUUGCCUCGAUGAUGAAGACGAAGAUAGUCCACCGACGAUCACCACCUCUCAGCAGUCUCUGCCAGCGACAGAAACCACUGGUGACAACGAACGGACGAUCCUCAGUGACGAGCAGAUUGCGUUGUUCAGUAGUAAGCUGGAUUUAAGCAAAACCUGUAAGGCCUAUCGAUACAAUGCGGCCACCCGCGUGCUGACGAUGAAGCGUUCGCUCAUAAACAAGUUUGCCCAGCAAGAUCCGGAUUUGCUGAGAGAUACGAUUGCCGCGCUCGGCUCCAAAGUUGGUAAUACGACAACGACGGCGACGAAAAGGGUUACGGCGACGGCGACGGCGCCGUUGGAACAAGAAGCAACGAUACCAAGCACUAUGAUGGCUACUCCAACUACAACGGCGGAAUUGGUACCAACCAAUCCAAAAGCCAUGUCAUCUGUGAUGAAAAUGACUCAAACAACCACAUCAACAUCGGUCAGCAUGAACUCUCCAAAAGCCUCGACCGCUACAACUGCGCCAAUGGCACCUCCGGAAGCCACGACUAGUGUGACUAGAACAGCGUCAACCAAACUCACAUCAACAAUCACACCAUCCGUACAACAAGCUACAAGCGCAUCGCUAGCAACGACCUCACGUAGAAUGUCCCUACCGCGAACGAAAGUAGUACCACGUGUACCGGCUACACCUUCCCCAGGACCGGGUGACCCAACCCAGACGAAUGCGAAUGGCGAUCAGUCUUCAUCCGGUGGUGGUGGUGGUAGUGGUCAGCCACAGAAGCCUCCGUACGUUAUUCUCACCCCCGCGAUGGAGGCCGCCCGGCUUAAAAAUCCGCACCGACGGGGCGUACUGGAAUCAAAGAUCCCGAAACUCGGUCUGGUGGAGGUCAUAAGGCUCGAGCAUGAAGUGAUCGUACUUGUAAAAGAGCUCACCGGCGGUGGGCAGCAUAUCGCCGUGGUCAACCUGGAGGAAGCUGUCACGUUGUUGAACAGGUUUAUCCAGUUCAAUACAUACACGUUCAAACCGUACAAUCUUGCCAUCCAGUGGGAGUUUAAGGAAAGGUCCAAACCGCUAGCACCACAUGAGGACCUGACGAAGAUCAUCAACCAGCGUUGUGUUGUCACGCGGUAUGGGCUUAUCGAUACUUCCAAGGCAGACCAGAUGAAGUACAUGGAAAUAACCCUUCCCGACCUGUACGACGAGCUGAUGGUCACCGCUUUAGCAAUGCAGAGCAUACCGAAGAAAAAGUAUGAAGAGCAGCGAUAUUACGAGGAUGUGGAAAAAGUUUUCAACCAGAGUGCCGUGUUUAUCGAAGAACUAAAAUCGACCAACCGUGCGCUGCUGUUGGAGAAGAAAGAACUAUCCGUGCGGGUGAGGGAAAAUCAGACAAAGUUGAAACGGCUCAGCAGAGGACUUCCACCUGGACGGAAUAACGGAGCUCUCGCAGCUACUCGCACUUCGAGCCCAGCGGUGAUAUCGCCGAACAAUCGUGAGUCUGUGAUCGUGAUCGAUGAUGACUAAUACCCCGGAUCAAUCGGGAAAUUAGUGGUGUUGACUGAGGAGUAUAACUAAAGAAGAAGUUGUUUUACCAAACCAAUUUUAAAUUUAUGUUGCCACAAUCGGGACAAAAAAGCGGCACUGGUAAACUAGGGGAAGGUUAAAGUUUUCGUUUUUAUGUGUAGGCUGGAUUUAGCUGGACAAGCUGCACGAAGGCGUCCGCGUAAUGUAAAGUAUUGAACUUUUACACAUGAUUAGUAAAGGUUGUAUGUUGAGUUUUCUAGUUUUUGCAAGAAAAAUGGAAUUGAUCUACCAUUCUUUUCCGAACGAACACUAUAAACUCGCACUGAUGUAAACCUGUCGAAUUACGCAUCCCGUAUGCUUUAUGGUGAUUAUCAUUUAUGUUGAAUAAGAAUUCAUUAAACACAUGCCAUUUAAACUUUAUACUUAAUGUCUUCGAAAAAUGAAUGAAUUGAUGGUGCAAUGAAAAACAAAACACAACAUUUUUGUUUCAAUUAAUUUAUGCCGAAAAUCGGAAUCAUGCGACAACAGAGACCCACCCCCCUGUGCAAAG